AUGGGUUCUGUUUGUUGUUGCUUCCAUGUACAAGAUGACAUUGACAAUGCCAAUAAUAAUAAUAAUAAUGAUGUUGGCUUCAUCCCUAACUUGUGCAACAAAAUAAAGGAAUUUGCAGCCUCAAUCAAGAAUGGCAGAAAAGAGUCAGUCAAUCCAUCUGCUGAUCAGGCGGCACCAGCCUCUUCUACAGCACCCAAUGAGAUUACACCAUCUGGAAAAAGAGCCCAAGAACUUGUUUAUUUACAUGAUUCAAAUUCAAUAGAACAUGAGGAUGAAUGCCCCACAUGUUUCGAAGAAUACACACCUGAAAAUCCUAAGACAACCAUGCAGUGUUCUCACCACUACCACCUUGCUUGUAUAUAUGAAUGGAUGGAGAGAAGCCAAUACUGCCCUAUUUGCAGACGGGUAAUCAAUUUCUUCCCUAACUCUUAUAACUUGUAUAGAUAA